AUGGGACGGUGUUGUUACCGGAGCCACUGCUAUUCGUUCUCGCAACAACAAACCAACCACAUGUUUCCGCCGGUCGUUGAAAAGACUAUGGGGUACUAUUCUCCUCCCUGUGAGCUGGAGCAAGGUAUGUAUGAGAUCAUUGAUGCCUGUGACGCCCUCGACGGUCGCACUGAUGGCGUGGUAUCUCGCACUGAUCCGUGCAAGUUGAACUUCAACCUCUCAAGUUCAAUUGGCAUACCUUAUUUUUGCAACGCGGCCAGUGCCAUCACCGGGUAUGAGCCGGCCCAAAAUGGUACGAUUACAGCAGAAGGUGUUGCUGCUGUAGAGGACAUUCUUAAAGGACUUCAUGAUCCGAAUGGUCUUGGUGCAUAUCUAUCCUUCCAGUACGGAACGUCUCUGGAUGAUGCUACUACAAUUUACGAUGAAACAACUAACAGUUGGACCGCCUCAACCAGUGAAACAUCCAAUCUCGAGUGGUCUAACUUCACCUAUGACACACUGCGCGAAUACAUAUACACCGGAUGGCAAAUGUAUGAAGAAACGCUGCAGACCACAUGGCCAGACCUGACUGCUACCCUUGAUGCCGGGGUCAAGAUCAUCCAUCAUCAUGGAGAAUCGGACUCCAGUAUUCCACCCGCUCUCUCGGUCCAUUACCAUGAAUCUGUUAGGUCUAUUCUAUACCCUGACCUUUCUUUCAACGAGAGCACAGCCAGACUAAAUGCAUGGUACAAGCUAUUCUUGGUUCCUGGGGGUGCGCACUGUGCCGCCAAUCCCUACCAGGGUGGCCCUUGGCCACAGACCACGCUUGGAUCUCUGAUCGAAUGGGUGGAGCAGGGCGUCGUACCUGAGAGGCUUAAUGCAACGUACACCUCGGGAAGUGAUGCUGGCAGUGAAGCACAGCUCUGCGCGUGGCCCUCGCGGCCGUUAUGGUCUGGUAAAGCUACCAAGUUUGAUUGUGUUUACGAUCAGGCUUCUAUUGAUACCUGGCACUAUCGGUUCGACUCGUACAAGGAGCCUCUGUAUUGA